CGUCAAUAAUAUUGACCUCGUGUGCAGACUAGUCCUCGUGUCUUCCUUUGAAGAUAUAUGUCCGUUGAGCAGUCUGUGUCAUCGAACCCCAUAGAUCCCAAAUCAUUCUACAGAGCAUCGUCUCGAGCUUCCGCAUCCGAGGCCGAGUUAUCAACCCUCACUGCGAUCACUACUUCUCCCGAAAGCACCCCACAACUUCUUUAUCCUUCCACCGCCGAGACUGAGGGGCAGACAAAGACAAAGCGCAUCGUAGAAGUUGUCGUCCCGCGUCUUACAGACGAACAACGCGAGAACGCCAAACGUAUCGGCGAUAUCUUAUUGGAAUCGGACGACGAGGCGUACUUAGAGAGUGCGAUAGAAAAAGUAGUUGGAGAGUAUACCGAGGGACAGUUUGAGUGGUACUACGCUAGGGUCAAGUCGGGAAGCAUCCACAGAUACUCCCAAAAACGCCUCGAGAAGCACUUUCCGCAUCUCGUUGCUACUUAUUUGCGCCGCAAGGAGAAAGGAGAUUUUGCCCAUUUCGACCCGUCGAGCCGCGCAAUACACGAAGACUCUCGUAUCAAGAUGACAAUCAGCCUCGGCAAGUUAACGCGCAAGGCGAAAGGCGGACGUGAAUCCAGCCCAAUAGUCAUUCCUGACAGCGAAGAAGAAGAGGAGGAAUGGGAGAAGGACGUUCCGGAGGCGUCUGACCCUGUUGACGACGAUGAAGAUAUGGAGGAUGACAGGGACGAUGCGUAUGAAGAAGAGGAAGAGGGGCCCGUUCGUAGGAGCACGAGGGCGGCGGCUGGACUUGCCAAUUUGCGCAACAAGAAGUCAGCGCAGGAGUUGCCCUUCAGUCCGAGACGGCGUAAUCCAGGAAGGACGAUCAGGGCGGUUGAUUCGGAUGAUGAGGACGAGAGCGAAGAGGGCACCCCAACUCCGGCAGCGAGCACCAGAAGGUCUACUCGUGCUCGGAAGACCACUCGAGCGAAUGUGGCGGACGAAGAUUACGAAAUGGACGAGGAGGGUGAAGAGAGCGAGGAGUAUGGGUCGUACAAACCGCGUGCCCAGCCGCCGAAGAAGAAGAAGAUCGUGCGCGGCAGAGCUUCGCGCGCUGCCUAUGGUAAUUUUCGACAAGUCAUCGAGCUCAGUUUCGAUCGAGAGGAAGACCCGGAAACAGUACAUCUUCGCGCUCACCGCGACGCUUGCCAGAAAUGCCAUCGGGGCCCGGCGAAUGUGCUCAUCGAGAAGGCGCAGAAACGGAACCAGCAACGAAAGAGAAAGGGUAGCUCCAAGAGGAAGAAGAGGGACGAGGAUGAAGAGGAUAGUGAUAAUGAGGAACAGUUGGCCGAGCUGGGUGGCUGGGUGAGAUGUCUGAAGUGUCCCGUGUCCGCUCAUUGGCGCUGCUUGGCGAGUACACAGCAAAUGGAAAUUCUGAAGGCUGCUCAAGAACGCGAUUGGGAAGAAGCAAAGCGGGCUAGACAUGACAAUGGUGGCCCCUCUGACGGUGCUCAGCCGUUUGUUCCUAAACCUCGAAAGCGUGACGGCCUUGAUGCAUAUCAAACGACGGAGUUCAUCUGCUCGGCGUGCAUGAAGGGAGGUGUCUGCAUGAACUGUCUGGAUGUCGUUUUGGAACCGGAAGCUCUACCUGGAGUACAGAGCGAUCAAAAGCAGGCUUCCGAUAUCCCGAGUUCUUCUCGUCCAGGCUCGAGUGCACCAGAGCAGGCGAACGAGGCCAACAAUGAGCUUCUGUUCCGUUGUCAAACCUGCAAACGCCUAUCUCAUUAUGCUCACCUCCCUGUCCCUGAGGGCAUGGAUCUCGACCCAGACAACGACGAAGACAAAGCGCUACUAGCCCAAUACUAUCAGAAGGAGAACAACUGGUUAUGUUCAGACUGCAUUUCAUACAUUCACAUCGUCGACAAAAUCCUCGCGUGGCGGCCGUACCCUGCGAACGCCACUGAGUCUCCACGAGCCCCCGGCGAAGUACCCGAUCCCAAGAGACAACUUCCUCGCGAAUACUUAGUGAAGUGGCAGGAUCGUAGCUACCGACGCGUGGAAUGGGUUCCGCACGGGUGGUUGGCGGCGAAGUACAUGUCUCGGUUGAGGAAUUUCCUGGCCGGUAAGGCUCCGGUGGGAUUCUUGCUCAAGCAGGCCGUGAAGGAGGAAGAGGAAGCGAACGCGAGUGCUGAAGGUGGUGUCGGUGGCGCAGGAGAAGAUGAGGAUUCGAUGGCCCGUCUCGAGGAUGAGGAUUCGUAUUCCAUGGAUCCGAAACCAGAUGCAGACCGCCGUAUACCUCCUGCCUGGAAGACUGUCGACCGCGUUUUGGACGUCGUCAUGUGGUGUCCUCACAAGGCCAGAAAGAAGAAGACGAUCUCGGUGGGCAAAGGUAAGAAGAGGAGUAGGAUCAUCACUGAUGACGAAGAGUCUAUGGAUGAGUUCGCGAAGACGGAUUGGGAAAGGGCUUUCAAGUAUGGCGAACAACCGGAUUCUCGGUACACCGAAACACUUGAUGAAUGGUUAGAGAGGGAGGGUACUUUCCUGACGGAAGACGAUAUCGAGCAUGUCGUUUAUGCGUUCAUCAAAUGGGACGAUCUAGGCUACGACGAAGCUACAUGGGAUUCACCUCCUCGGAAAGGAGAACCAGGCUAUUCUGCCUUCCAGUCCGCAUUCACACGAUUAGUCCAGUCUCAGCACGUCUCUAUAAACAAACUGUCCAGGGCUGGGUAUGCCGAAUACGAUGCCCGACGGAAAGGCGAGUACCGACGAAAGUUUGCCUUGAAGGAUGACAUGCAACCGGACUUGGGGCAGAGUCCCGAUCUGAAGCUUAUGGACUUUCAGAUCGACGGUUUCAAUUGGUUGUGCAAUAACUGGUACAACCUGCAGCCAUGUAUCCUUGCGGACGAUAUGGGUUUGGGCAAGACAGUCCAGAUUGCAACCUUCGUCGGCAAGAUCGCCAAACAAUGGAGCGCGUACCCCGUUCUUGUCGUUGUCCCGAACUCUACGAUCACGAAUUGGUUGCGCGAGUUCGCUCGAUGGGCGCCGGGGCUCCGGGUGGUUCCUUUUUAUGGCGAAGCGAAGGGUCGUGAAAUCAUCAAACGGUACGAGUUGCGACACUCGCAGCCGACUGCUGGUACUUCCGGUCUCAAGUUCCAUGUCCUCGUCACCACGUAUGACAACGUGAGCGGCUCCAAGGAUUUUACCUCGGUCUUCAAGAACGUUGAUCGAUGGGAAGCCUUGAUCGUCGAUGAGGGCCAGCGGCUCAAAAACGACGGCAGUCUCCUUUUCAAGAAGUUGAAUGAGCUCAACACUAUCCAUCGCAUAAUCAUGACAGGGACUCCUCUGAACAACAACAUGCGUGAACUGUUCAAUCUCAUGAACUUCCUCGACCCAGACCAAUGGAAUGAUCUUGCUGCGCUCGAGAAGGAAUACGAUCAAGAAAACCUAAACGAAGAAUCGGUGAAGGCCCUACAUGAGAGGUUACGUCCGUAUUUCCUGAGACGGGUCAAGGCCGAGGUGUUGAAGCUGCCGCCUAAGAACGAGGUCAUCGUCCCGUUGUCCCUCACUCCUUUACAGAAAGAGCUGUACAAAUCCGUCCUCAGCAAGAACGUCACCCUCCUCACCAGUUUAACGCGUUCGCUCGGACAAUCUGUCAAGGGAGCAUCAAACAAGUCGAACAUAACGAACAUUCUCAUGGAGUUGCGAAAGUGUAUUCAGCAUCCCUACCUUCUCUCCCCUGAUAUCGAACCCAGAGGACUAAACCAGCAGGAGACACAUAAGCGUUUAAUCGCUGCUAGUGCCAAACUUCGUCUGCUGGAGGUCCUUUUGCCGAAGCUGAAGGCGCGUGGCCAUCGGGUGCUCUUGUUCAGUCAAUUCGUCAUUGCUUUGGACAUCAUCGAAGACUUCAUAAAUGGGGAAGGGUUCAAGUAUCUGCGACUGGACGGGAAUACGAAGCAGGCCGAUCGCCAGAAGGGCAUGGACGAGUUCAACCGUCCGAACUCUGAUGUAUUCAUCUACCUCCUCUCUACACGAGCUGGUGGCGUCGGAAUCAAUCUCUGGAGUGCGGAUACUGUAAUCAUCUUCGAUCCAGAUUUCAACCCCCAUCAGGAUCUUCAAGCUAUCGCACGGUCUCAUCGAUACGGACAAACGAAACCAUGCCUCGUCUUCAAGUUGAUGGCCAAGGACACAGCUGAAGAGCGAAUCGUACAGAACGGCAAGAAAAAGCUCAUACUCGACCACGUUAUUGUGCAGAAGAUGGACGACAAGGAAACCGGCGAAGACGUCUCUUCCAUCUUAACCCACGGCGCUCGAGCUCUUUUCGAAGAAGGGGAGGGAGCCAAAGACAUAACGUAUUCCGAAAAUGAUGUCGAUAACCUGAUCACCAAGACCGAGAGCGAAACCACUCAGGAGGAGCAGGGUUCAUCGGCUAUGACCUUCUCGUUCGCGAAGGUCUGGGCUGCUGAUAAGGAUGGUUUGGAAGAGAUGGCGGAUGAGGAGGCCGAUACUGAACAAGCAGACUCGUGGGCCCAAACCCUCAAACGCAUCGAAGACGAGCGCGCUAAGCUGCAAGCCAUGGACGUCACCAUUGGUGGUCGCCCCGCUCGUCGUGCAGCGGCAAUGGCCGUGAAGCCUCAGCAAUCUAUCGACCUCGGGGACACGCCCAAGAAGAAGACUAACGGUCAGAAGCGCAAACGGUCGAAGUCGACAAUAUCUGACGAGUCAGAGGGCUUCAAGGGCUCUGUGGCGUCUGCAAUUUCCGAUGGCGAUACGACCGAUUCGGGCGUGGUCGACGAGUUCAUUCCAAGGACGAAGAAGGCGGCAAGGCCGUCGACUGAUACAGCAAGCCCUCAUCCAGUAGUUCAAGGCUCGAAUAUUCCAGGCGAGGAAGCUUUCUGCAGCAUAUGCAAUAGCGUUCAUUCCGGGCCUUGUAACAUGACAGACAGCCCGGAGAACUUGGCUGCGUAUCGACUGGCUUUGUUAACGACGGCGGACAACGAACCUAUCGAAGAGAAGCGGGAGGCCAUCGCUCUUAUCGAAACCGUUCUCAGAGACCGUGGAGAGCUUCACCUUAUAGACGGACAACCCCUUCACCUCGUCGAAAGGCCACCGCCGGCAACAGUUUCAGUCAAACAGUCAAAGGAAACAUCAAUGCUGCAUCCACGUCCUAGCGCUCAACCACCUGUGGCACCUGCCGCGUCGUCUUCCAAAUCAGCUCCCGGAAUGCAUGUCCCUGCUCCCGAUGGCAGUUCUUCGUCUUCAGCUGCCGCACGUCCAGCGCCAAGUUUCAUGGGUAGAUUCCGAGCCGACCUCUCCGCGAAGCCCUCCAAACCGAAGCCCAAGCCGAAGCCCGCGCUUAGCGCUAGCGCACCUGUGCAGAAGGGAGUCAAUGGAAUGGUGUCUAAUGCUGCUGCGUCAAGCUCUUCCACUGCCGGCCGCCCACAACCACUAUCCUCGUCAGCCAAUGCCUUGAAGUCUCAGAUGACUCCCGUCUCGAAAGCCACACCUUCGAAGCCAACGGUUUCUAAACAGUCGACGCUGAACGCUCUAAACGGAAGUAGACCUUCAACGGCGUCUAAGUUGCCUUCCGCUACACCGAACGUGCCAUCAUCUUCGAGCGCUGGCCUGGCUGGUAUGAAGCGUCCUGUGGCGCCGAGUACGGCUGAUGAACCCAAUCCUUCCAAGAAAGCAAAGAGCAGCCCUUUGAAGGAAGGCUGUGCCGUCUGUGGUCGAGAGUUCCACUUACUGAAGGACUGCCCCAUCGUCGCCGCUGGGCCGAAGAGUAUAUCCCAAGCGAUCCAAUCAAUGGAGGCCCAACCAAGGCAUACGAAGACAGUUCAGACACUGCGUGGGCUCUUACAGCAGCAGAAACGGCGGGAACUCGCGAACUCUGGAGGAAUGUAACUUAUAAACGUAACUUCUAUAGUCUCUUGUACCUCAUUAAUACCACAUCCGUUCUUGUUGUGUUCCGG